GCAGGCCAAUCGAUUGCCGAAAUUAAAAGAUAAUUGAUUGCAGUACCUUUUUGGGCGGUGCAUCAGCCGCACAGCUGGGCGUGCAUCUGUGAAAAUGUGAUAUUUCGAGCGACGAACCCGAUUCAGAAGGCGAGAAAGGGUUGACCUUUUAAGGAGGAAUUUCCCAGGCUACCGUCGCAUCGAGUGACAAUCCGUUUGAUCAUCGUAUUUAGGUUUUUAUUUAAAUUGCAUUGAACAUUUGCGAAGGUAAGAGCAGCACCAGUGAGAGCCCAGGGUAGGACGAACGCGGCAGCACUUCUGGGAGGAAUCGAGACUCAAAAAAAUAUUAUUUUUAACUCACCAAAGCAAAAGUGAAUCAGCAACAGCUGUGGCUAUAAACCACACUCCAAUGCCUUUCGUAAACCAGUUCCACAGACGCUGCGUCGAGUAACAAGUAUUCAUUUGCUAACCUGUCGACGUGUUGCGUUCCGUGAUGUGCCUUUGGUGACAUCGUCGCUGCUGGUGGCCUUGUGAUCGCGCGAGCAGCUGUCCAAACCGGAACAACCGGCGGGGCCUUCGUUGGUGGUAUUGAUGGAUGACUUAAAGGAGAACCUCAUUCCCAAUCUGCACUUCGCUGAGAACGACGAGGAAGAGCUGAUCGAGGAGAUCGGUCUAACGAAACGGCCUACGAUACCCUCGCUACGGCAACGCAAAUCCCAACUAGACAUGUUGGAGCAGAUGGAGCAGACGGGUGAGCAGGAGAAGCUGAACGAGCUACGGCAACGGCGCGCGACCGGAAAAAGCGUUCGGUUGUCUACCUCCACCCCAAAAACAGCGGUGGCCACUGGUCGUAGCAAGGAGGAACCAUUCGGCGAGAGUCUGAUGGUGAUGGAGUUCGACGAGAAUGCUCCGACGGAAGCGAUUCAGUGGAUUGUAGACAAAAUGCGAGGCCGACGUGUAGACGGUGGAAUGGAGCUUAUGGUACGCAAGGAACCGCUUAAUAGGGACAGUCAGACUAUCAUCUUUCACAUCUCGGCGACACAUAUGAAGCUGCUGGAGAUUGCCGACGAUAUGGGCUUCAUGAAGCGCACCAAGACCGGCAUAAUACGCAACUUCAAUGUGGCCUGUUUGGACGAAUUCUUCUACGAUGCAGGCAUGUCGCUGGAAGAUAUCCUAACGCCGGCUGACCGGCAGAUCAUCAUUAAGCACGCGCUCGAAUCGAUUCGUGCGGCGGAUGACGAGCAUCUGAUACCGGGAACCAAGAUCAUCCUCUACCAUGGACAAUCGAUCAUCCAGGCGGCUCAGAGCGCAGAACUGAUUACUUCGCUCUACUCGUUGCAUGAUAAACGACGACUGAAGGAGCUGCGCCACCGUUGGACCAAGCCGACUGCACCGCAACCGAUCGACGAGAUCCGGGACUAUUUUGGCGAAAGUGUUGGCAUGUAUUUUUCCUUCCUUGGUUUCUACACCUGCGCUCUGGUGGUACCGACCGUAUUCGGGUUUCUGCAGCUCGGCCUAUCAGAGGAAACAGAAACGGUUCCCUUCUUUUGCGUCUUCUAUGUCGUCUGGAUGAAGGUGUUCCUUGAGCUGUGGAAACGCAAAAGUUCUUCGCAUGCGUACCGCUGGGGAACGAUCACGAUGACGAAUCUGGAUGAACCACGGGUUGGUUACUACGGCAAGCUGGCACGGGAUCCAAUUACGGGCAAGUGGACGCCACACUAUCCGAAGUGGAAAACCUACGUCCAGAUGUACUGCGUCACGGCACCGAUCAUUGGACUCUGCAUAGCGAUCGCCGGCUUUGUAACGAUCUUUCAGUUCUACGUUGAGGCCUACCUGGCCGAACAGUUCGGUCCGGAUGCCUACAUUCUUUACUUGCCCUCCGUGGUGAACGCCAUCUACAUUGCCCUUUCGACGCUAGCCUACGAUCGAUUGGCGACGCUACUAACCGAUCGGGAAAACCAUCGCACGCAGAGCCAGUACGAGCGACACCGGGUCAACAAACUGAUCGUGCUUGAGUUCGUGAACAACUUCCUGUGUCUCUUCUACAUUGCCUUCGUGCUGCAGGAUAUGAAGAUGCUGAAGACGCAGCUCAUGAUGCAGUUGAUCGUGCUGCAGUUCCUGCAAAACGUAUACGAAAACCUUUAUCCGUAUCUCAAGAAGAAAGUUGGACUGAAGAUCGUCCGACUGUUCGUCACCUCGAAGUAUGACAAGCUUAAAGAGGCACACGAUGCCUACGAUGAGAUGGGUCUACAAUCGCUGGAGGAAUAUGAUCCUCGGGUGCUGCAAACACGAAAGGAAACAAUACUCGAGGAGUACAAUACUUACGACGAUUAUCUAGAGUUGUACAUACAGUUCGGCUACGUCGUUCUGUUUUCCUCCGUUGCACCGUUGACUGCCUUCUGGGCCAUCCUGAACAACGUUAUCGAAAUAAGACUCGAUGCGUAUAAACUCUGCAGCUUCUUUAAGCGGCCAUUCGCUCGUCGAACGAAGAACAUUGGUGCGUGGCAGCUCGCCUUCGAGACGCUCGCCGUCAUUUCGAUCCUGACCAACUGUGGCAUUCUCUAUCUAUCGCCCCAAAUGCGAGAGCUCGGUGCCGGUUUAAGCAGGGAAGCCUAUACACUGAACUUCCUCAUCAUUGAGCACAUACUGCUCGGUAUGACGUGGUUCAUCUACAAGGCUAUACCGGACACACCGCACUGGGUGCGAGUGGCUCUAGCGAAAGCGGAACAUGAUUCUCGCCAGGCCCUGAAACGAGAGGUGCGGUCACAUUAAGCGGGUUAUGAGUUUGGCCUGCUGUUGCUUUCCAAUACCACCGUGCCGCUGGCGUUCAUGCAGCGGGAUUCGAUGAAUUCGAUCUUCACGCUGCUGCUCUAUUCUUUUCUGUGUGUGUUUUGCGAUUUUCGUUCCUCUAACCUGCCAGUUUCAUUUGUUUUCUUUUAGGAAUAGUAAACGCAGGAAUACACUACGCAACGGCCACACAGUGAACACAAAUUCACGCCCGCCCUACAACAAUCAUCAGUUAUCCUACACGAGCUCUUCUAGUGAACCAGCCAAACACUAAAAGCCAACAGAUUGUAGAUUUUAGCUUUGUUCAAACAUUUUAACGCAAUUACAAGGUACUAACAUGAUACACAACAAGCCGCACAACAACCAGCAUAACUUCACAAUCGACUGUGAACCUAAAACAAAAGUUACCACAUCGUGCCUUCCGCGGAACUGCCAAAGUACUUAGUUUUCGAAUCAUAUUUUGUAGAGAGAAACUAAAAUCUCAUUUUGAGCGAUUUUCUAUACGUUCAUAAUAUAAAAUGAGCUGCCAUCUACUAAAUGUGUUUAUAAAACACCGAAACUGCUCCGAAACUAAUCAAAUGCGCUGACUUUGAGACUGAAACUAACAGAUGCGUAGGUUUUGCUCGAAAUUUGCAGUAUUCGGCUCAAUUGAUCGUUCUCAAAUCAAAUACCAUUUCGGUUACUUACAGAAUGCGCAGCGAUCUCGUAAUCUUCUGUUCCGUCGGUUUCGAAGCGUUUACGAUACGCACUCGAUGCUCAACUGAGAUCAAGAACUGACGACAAGCAUGUUCGUGGUGAUGCUAGUUUCAUAUAGUUUCGCUUUCGUACGACUGAAGUAAGGGUAUAUAUGUUCUAAAAGAAAUUCCUUACAGUGAGAGAAAGCAAAGGAAAUAAAAUGUUAUCAAUUUGUUAAAGAU